AAAACAAGACUUAGACUUGAAACCAAUGACUUACCUCUGAAGUUUCCAUCUUCCCGUCUUUACUACCUUUUCUCAAAACUCUAUUCUCAUACCUUCACUUCAACACUCGUUAGGGUUUCAAACCUUGCCUUCACUCUCCAAAAUCAUGCCGACCGUAGCUACUAGAUUCACCUCGAUGGCGACUGCCGGAGUCGGAGUUGUCAUAAACCGUCUUCGAAAAUCCCCGCCUGUUCAGUCAUUGGAGCAAUUGCUUUCCAAUUCCACUCGUCCUGUUUCCGCUCUCUCCCUCAACCCUCUCUUCACCGAUGAAACCGAGCUAGUCAUGGAGGCUGGGGAGCCAGUCCCUAGACUCGUAUUUGAUCGCUUCAUUAACCUUGAAGAAUCAAAGGAGUCCACAGCAGAUUUGAAGGAGGCCUUGGAUGCGAUGUAUCUUGAAUCAGAGUUUCCAUUCUCAUCCGAAAUUUCUCUGCCUCUGAACUCUGAGAUAGUACAUAACAGACCAGGGGUGAAGCAUGUUCAUCAAGCAUUUCAUUUGUUAUGCAAUUUCCCUGAAGUUCAGAAUGUUGUCGCCUCCGCCGCCGCGGACCUGAAGGUACAGGAAGCUGUGUUUGAGAAUCCUGAUGUCAAGAAAUUCAUCCAAUCAUUUCAAACCAGUUCUGAUACCGAUGAGGAUGAAGAUGAAGAAAAUGUUUCCCAGGUGGAGGAAUCAAAAGCAAGCGAAAUAAAAAUGACCAGGAAUCCGAAAGAUUUCGUAGUUAAAAUGGUGAAGAAUGUACUUAGUCAUUUUCCACACUUAUUUGGAUCUUCAGUUGUAGAGGGUAGUUCUGGAUCAGAUGAUAAAGAAAACUCAACCAUGAAAGGUGGAAAGUUUGGAUCAGGCUUUGUGCAAAAGCUCAGGAACCUAAAAAGUUCAGUUGUUGAAAUGGCGACUAACAUACCCAAUUAUCUUCCUAACUUUUAUGGAUCUUCUUCUUCAGCUUCAGAGAGUGUUUCUGGAUCAGAUCAUAAAGAAAAUUCCCAAAGUUCUGUCCCUGGCAUGGGUACAGGAACAUCUAUUACAGGGUUGGCAAUCAUGGUUAUUAUGAUUGCAGUUUUCAAGCGACUUUAGACUCAUAAUAUUCUGCUGGACCUGUGGAAGCAGUGUGUAGACCUCCAAUUAAAGGCUCCAGAGUUUGUUAGCUAUGUUAUAACUUGUACGAGACUUUCUCUUGCUAAAUCUUAAUAGAUAGUACAAGGGAGAUACUUUAUCUUAACAACUCUUUUUAGCUGGAUAAUGGGAUUGAUAUUAUGGAGUUUAUUGAAACUCACUUCCUUAUUCCUCGUAGGGAAUGUUGUAGGUUGUUGUUAUUUCCAUUUUGUUGUUAUUUCCUUUUAAAUGUAGGUUGUUACAACCACUUGGGUAGAAAUAUUGUAGGAUCCAUUCAUAGUUCGAUAAAACUAGUCGAGUGUGGACACUCAUGGCUAAAACAAAAGGCCAAACUGAGGUCCAAGUGGCCAACCGUUUCUCUAUUUCCUUAUUCGUGGCUAGAAUGAGAAAUUGCGAGACACCCAAAAAGGUUUUUAUAGAA